AUCAGCUAUGGUUUGGAUAAUCAGGUGCUCAGAGAUGAAACUCAGUUGCCUUUUGUGUAUCGGAUUGCCCCAAAGAAAGAUGCCUAUUUCAUGGGGAUUGUGAAGAUGCUCCUGCAUUUCAGAUGGACAUGGAUCGGUCUCCUGGCUCCAGACAAUGCCCAAGGAGAAAGAUUCCUGAGGACCUUGACCACUGUGGUCAUCAGGAGUGGGAUUUGUGUUGCCUUCACAGAAACCAUCCCAGAACUUAACGAAGAUGCCGGGUGGUUCGUUUCCCAGAUAUACCCACUUUUCAUGCAGCGAAAAUGUAAUGUAUUCGUUUUCCAUGGAGACUCCCACUCUAUGAUUGCACUUGGGGUGUUGAUCAAAUAUGUUGAAAAAAUAGGAAAGUCCAUUGUGGGGAAAGUUUGGAUCACACCAGUCUUGCAUGAUCUCAGCCUGAGGUGCUUUUUUGAGGUGUUUGAUACCCAGUACAUCCAUGGUUCUUUUUCCUUUUUGAUUCAGAAAAACACGAACACCAAAUAUGACAAUUUAAAUUCCUUUUUAUCUACUCUCAGAGAAAUUGGAGAGCGAGCAUUUAGUUGUUCAUAUUCAAAUCAUGGGUUGUCUGUGAAACGCUGGAUAAGAUGCAGAGAGAAAGUGGUACUGGAGACCCCAUCCCAGGAUGAUCUUGAAAGUAUCUUGUCCCAAGAUAGCUACAGUAUUUACAACUCAAUCCAGGUGGUGGCACAUGCCUUGAAUGCAGUCUCCUUAUCCAGAUCUAAUCAGAUGUUGAGUGGAGGCUGGCUUGGGCUUCAGACGUUGCAGCCAUGGGAGCUUCAUCCUUUCCUCAGAAACUUCCAGGUUCUUAAUAAUUCCAUGGAAGGAGUUUAUUUUGAUGAGAAUGGAGACAUGGCCGUCAACUUUGAUAUUGUGAACUGGGUGGAGGCACCCAAUCGGACGAUUGUUAGAAUUAAUGUUGGGAGUGUAGAGAGACAAUCCUCUCCAGAAAUAAAGUUCACCAUUGAUCAGGAUGCCAUUGUGUGGCCCAGAUGGUUUAAUGAGACCCUGCCUCAUUCUCGGUGCACCGAAAGCUGUCGCCCUGGAUACGCCAAGGUGAUGAAGGAAGGAGAGCCUCUCUGCUGCUAUGAUUGUGCUCCAUGUGCGGAAGGGACAAUCUCCACUCAGGAAGAUGCAAGUCGUUGUCAAAAGUGUCCAGAAGAUCAGCAUCCAAAUAAGAUCCAAGACCAAUGUGUUCCCAAACAAAAAACCUUCCUGUCCUACAUAGAACCUUUGGGGAUCAUCUUAAAUAUCUUUACACUUUUCUUCACCUUAAUCACGAGUUUGGUUUUGGGAAUCUUCAUGAAAUACUUAGAAACUCCAGUUGUCAAAGCCAACAAUCGGGACCUCUCCUACAUUCUCCUCAUCUCCCUCAUACUUUCAUUUCUCUCCUCUUUGCUAUUCAUUGGUGAGCCAACGGAAGUCACCUGCGUUCUUCGACAAACUGCCUUCAGCAUCAUCUUCUCUGUUGCUGUCUCUUCAGUGUUGGCCAAAACUGUCACUGUGGUGGUGGCCUUCAUGGCCUCACAGCCUGGGAGCAGGAUGAGGAAAUGGCUGGGGAAGAGCUUGGCCAACUCCAUUGUCUGCUCCUGUUCCAGUAUUCAAGUGGGCAUCUGCACUCUCUGGCUGGGCAUCUCUCCCCCCUUCCCAGACUCUGACAUGCACUCCCAGCCAGGAGAGAUCGUGCUGCAAUGUAACGAAGGGUCUGUCGCCAUGUUUUAUGUUGCCCUUGGCUACAUGGGCUUUCUGGCCGUCGUCUGCUUCACUGUGGCCUUCCUAGCUAGGAAGCUGCCUGGGGCAUUCAAUGAAGCCAAGCUGAUCACCUUCAGCAUGCUGGUGUUCUGCAGUGUUUGGGUGUCCUUUGUGCCCACGUACCUGAGCACUAAGAGGAAAUACAUGGUGGCUGUGCAGGUCUUCUCUAUCUUGGCCUCCAGCCUGGGCUUACUGGGCUGCAUCUUUCUUCCCAAAUGCUACAUUAUUAUACUGAGGCCUCAUCUGAAUACAAGGGAACAGCUAAUGGUAAAACGUCAAGAUGCCAUCUGA